AUGCAGAAACUUGCUGUUUUCUUCCUUGCUCUAGUGCUUCUCGCUUGCGCCGAACAAAAGUGCAAAGUAGACAAGGACUGUUCUCCAGGAGACAAAUGCGAUGGAGGAUCCUGUACUUGGAACCACCCUGCUCUAGCCAUAUCACAAUUCGAGGGAAAUCGAUUGAUUGUCGAGAGUUGCUUAGCGAGUACACGUAUCAAGACAGGAGAUGCUUAUUUUCACCAAUCAGAUGUUUAUUCCGAUACGGUAGCGGAAUGUUUUGGAACCCGUGUUGGUCCGUACAAUGACUUGCGAGGGCCAGCCGAUGAUCAAGAUCGCUCUUUAGUCUUAGACUACGGCGGCUCACUCGACACGCCACCAGACACCGUAUCUGCUUACGUGACGCGGCCAGCUGGAUAG